CUAUCUUCCCUGGCGGAACCUGACCAACCAUGGUGAAUUUGGGCCUGUCCCGAGUGGAUGAUGCGGUGGCCGCCAAACACCCGUGUCCCUCUCCAAGGCCAGGUCGUGCCCAAAGGAGGAGCAGGAGGGAAGAAGGAAAGGGGACUGAGCCAUGAACACCACCACCCUCAUCCCAGGGUCUCGAGGAAUAUGCCGUGUGCCAGUCGAACGCCUUCAUGAAGGGCGUUUUCACCCUUGUCACAGGCACUGGUGCGACUUUUGGCCUGCAGCUGUUCAUUAAGCGGAAGUUUCCAUACCCUGUGCAGUGGAGCUUCCUGGUGGCUGCCGUUGUAGGAUCUGUGGCCAGCUACAGAGUGACCAGAACGGAGUCUCAGAAGUGCAGAGAUCUCUGGCUCUUCCUGGAGACCGGGAAACUCCCCAAAGACGUGACCACAGAUCAUCCCAACUAGAAGAGCUCUGGCUGCUGGGUGUGGAGGAGCUGAAGCAGGGAAAAUCCUGGGCUUUGACACCAUCUAACUCCAGGCUGGUCCUUCUACCUCACCACAUACACAAACAUGGAGUGUGUAUGGGCAGGCCUACCUGACAACUGUGAUGACCACUGCUGCCCCAAAUCCAGGACCCGCCCAGGAGUCCAGUUCAGAAAAGGGCUUGAGAGAUUGGGGGUGGGGGGAGGGGUCUCCUCCAGAGCAUCAAGAAGCCAGGAUAUCAGAAAGGGUUGUAUCCUGUUACACACAACUGUGGGGGGUAGCAGCCUGCAAGUGGUGAAAGACUUGUGUAUUUUCUCUGGUGCUUUGGGGUCCUUUGGGGACCUCUGUGCCUCAAGUCCAUGGAGAAUUGUGAAGGGUUGUGGCUAAUAAACGGCUUGACCUUUUCCCA